GAGCGAGGAGAAUCAAAUCUGUUUUCCUUUGGCUCUUGAGUUGAGGAUCUCUUUGAGAGGAAAGAAAGCAUGGGGGAUUGGAGCAUGACAGAUCCAGGUGACAAGAUGGAGACAUUGUGCAUCCAUGCAGGUCAUGACCCAGCAGCGUUGACCCACAAGGAAGUGGAACCUCACAUCUCCCUUUCCACUAUCUUUGCCAAAUAUGCAGAUCCUGACAGUCCUGGAGGAUACUUGUAUGGCAGAAAUGGGAAUCCUACCAGAGAGACUUUGGAAAAGAGACUGGCAGCCAUCGAAGGGGCCAAAUAUGCCUUGGUGUAUGCAUCAGGCUCUGCAGCAAUCAGUGCUGCAGCAGAUGGGAUGUGUGGGCACGGUGGAGAAAUCAUAUGCCAUGACAAUAUCUAUGCUGGAACCAUUCACAUCUUACGGAAUGUUGCCAGCAGGCGAGGGAUUAAAACUAACUUCAUUGACAUGACCAACUUGGAGCUAGUCAGACAAUCCAUCACUCCUGAAACUAAGUUGGUAUGGCUGGAGGGGAUGACCAACCCAUUCUUGGUGAUGUUUGAUAUCUCUGCUAUAUGUGACAUAGUGAAGGAGAAAGGAUCACAAGCAAAAGUCAUUGUUGACAACACUGUCCCUACUCCCUAUUUCAUGCAUCCACUGAGCCUGGGGGCAGAUGUUGUGCUUCAUUCUGUCACUAAGUACCUGAAUGGACAUGAUGAUGUCAUCAUGGGUGCUCUCUGCAUGAAUGACAAGGAACUCUAUGAUGUUGCAUAUCUCAUCCAGAAUGGCCAGUCCACUACUUCCAUAUCAUAUGAACUUUACAUGAUUUAUGGACUGGAUGGGACAGGUGCAGGAGGGAUACCUUCCCCAUUUGACUGUUAUCUCACUCUGAGGGGAAUCCAAACAUUGCCCCUGAGAAUGAAGAAACACAUGGAGAAUGGAUUGAUGGUGGCACAAUUCCUUGAGAAGCAUCCUUGUGUGGAAAGAGUAAUCCACCCAGGUCUGGACUUGUAUGAAUACAAAGAUCUGCUGAGGAAACAAUGCAGGGGAUAUCCAGGGAUGAUAGCCCUGUAUGUGAAAGGUGGAGAGAAGGAAGUGAAAUCCCUGAUGAAAAACCUUCACCUUGUGUAUCAAGCUGGAAGCCUUGGUGGUACAUCAUCUGUCAUUCGAGCUUUGUGGGAAGGAUACUUGUACGGGAGAUGUGGGAAUCCCACCCGAGAAACACUGGAGAAGAGACUGGCCGCCAUCGAAGGGGCCAAAUACGAAUUUAAAAAUGAUACCUUGCAUCCUCUGGGGAUAGCCUUGGUGUUUGCAUCAGGCUCUGCAGCAAUCAGUGCAGCAGCAGAUGGGAUGUGUGGGCACGGUGGAGAAAUCAUAUGCCAUGACAAUAUCUAUGCUGGAACCAUUCACAUCUUACGGAAUGUUGCCAGCAGGCGAGGGAUUAAAACUAACUUCAUUGACAUGACCAACUUGGAGCUAGUCAGACAAUCCAUCACUCCUGAAACUAAGUUGGUAUGGCUGGAGGGGAUGACCAACCCAUUCUUGGUGAUGUUUGAUAUCUCUGCUAUAUGUGACAUAGUGAAGGAGAAAGGAUCGCAAGCAAAAGUCAUUGUUGACAACACUGUCCCUACUCCCUAUUUCAUGCAUCCACUGAGCCUGGGGGCAGAUGUUGUGCUUCAUUCUGUCACUAAGUACCUGAAUGGACAUGAUGAUGUCAUCAUGGGUGCUCUCUGCAUGAAUGACAAGGAACUCUAUGAUGUUGCAUAUCUCAUCCAGAAUGGCCAGUCCACUACUUCCAUAUCAUAUGAACUUUACAUGAUUUAUGGACUGGAUGGGACAGGUGCAGGAGGGAUACCUUCCCCAUUUGACUGUUAUCUCACUCUGAGGGGAAUCCAAACAUUGCCCCUGAGAAUGAAGAAACACAUGGAGAAUGGAUUGAUGGUGGCACGAUUCCUUGAGAAGCAUCCUUGUGUGGAAAGACAUCCACUGAGCCUGGGGGCAGAUGUUGUGCUUCAUUCUGUCACUAAGUACCUGAAUGGACAUGAUGAUGUCAUCAUGGGUGCUCUCUGCAUGAAUGACAAGGAACUCUAUGAUGUUGCAUAUCUCAUCCAGAAUGGCCAGUCCACUACUUCCAUAUCAUAUGAACUUUACAUGAUUUAUGGACUGGAUGGGACAGGUGCGGGAGGGAUACCUUCCCCAUUUGACUGUUAUCUCACUCUGAGGGGAAUCCAAACAUUGCCCCUGAGAAUGAAGAAACACAUGGAGAAUGGAUUGAUGGUGGCACGAUUCCUUGAGAAGCAUCCUUGUGUGGAAAGAGUAAUCCACCCAGGUCUGGACUCGUAUGAAUACAAAGAUCUGCUGAGGAAACAAUGCAGGGGAUAUCCAGGGAUGAUAGCCCUGUAUGUGAAAGGUGGAGAGAAGGAAGUGAAAUCCCUGAUGAAAAACCUUCACCUUCUGUAUCAAGCUGCAAGUCUUGGUGGUACAUCUUCCAUCAUUCGAGCUUUGCAUUUGGAAGGGAACUGGUUGCCUUCAGAGGAGGACAAUGAGAAGGGAGUGACAGCAAAUUUGUUGCGAAUCUCAGUUGGACUGGAGAACCCCAAGGAUAUCAUUGCUGAUCUCGAUCAUGCCCUCAGGGCAGGA